AUGCAGGAAGUGGAAGUAAAUCUUGUUAUUACAGACUAUUGUAUGCCUGGGAUGUCUGGCUAUGCUUUGCUCAAGAAAAUUAAGAACAUACCAGUAGUCAUAAUGUCAUCUGAGGAUGUUCCUUCAAGAAUCAGCAGAGAUCAUGGUGACAUGUCAUCGAAGAAGUUUCGUCAUGAUAAGCGUGUCAAUCUAGGAGCUCUCAAGUUUGUUCCACGUGCUGUUUACAAGCUCCUUGAAAACAUGCCCAUGCCAUGGGAACAGGUCCGUGAAGUGAAGAUUCUCUACCAUAUUACUGGUGCUAUUACAUUUGUAAAUGAAAUACCAUGGGUUGUUGAACCCAUCUAUCUGGCUCAGUUAUGCUUCUAUUUCUGCACAUCCCUUUUUGUUGUAUAUUUGUUGGUCUCAAGUGUUGCUCCAUUGCUCAUGACAUGUGAGCAAGUUAAUAUUACAAGGAAGGACGAAUUGGCGAAAAUUCUAGGGACCAUAGCAAGGGUAGGAGGUGCUACUAUUAUAACUUUCUAUGAAGGCACUCUGAUUUUGUACCAGGCAUCACAACCAGUGGGAAUAGAAGCUCUGCAACCUUUGAGUUCAUUUCAAGGAAUUAUAUCUUCUGGUAUAGUCAUUGCUCUUCAGACCUGGUGUAUUCAGAAAGGAGGGCCGGUUUUUGUUGCCAGCUUCCAGCCAGUUCAAACAGUUUUAGUCGCGGCAUGGCAUUUUGUAUCUAAUCUCAGACAUUAUACGCCAACUGAUAAUAGACUUCACAGCUUCUUAUCAUUUUUGAAGGAAAAUGGAGUCAACCUGGAUGAAGUUGAGGAAAAACACCCUUCUUCAGAAGCAACCAAAGCUCCUAAGGCUGAAACUAAAGUCAAAUACAAGAGGGGCCUUGAAGCAAAUGUCCCACAGAGAGCAAUAUUGCAAAGGAUUAAUUCCAAGAAGGCCGCCAGUUCAUAUUUAUAG